AUGGCGGAUGGAAAAUAUAUAGACAUGCGAGAAGUGUACGUUGGAAAUUCUUCGCUUUCUCGUCGUCGGCUUCUCUUCUGCGAGAAGAGAAGCCCUCCGAAGCACAAGCAUUGCCGAAGAAUUGGAAACCUAGCCGUGGCCGAAGCUGCAAAGAAUCGUUCCAAUUUCGAUGAUCGGAGACUGGUGGUUGGUUUCUUUAUCUCCGAUCUCAUCAAAAGUUUCCUCGCUGAGUCUCGCAGCAAUGCUGUCUCAUGCUUGAGCUUAGCCCAACUUGACCUUGGCAUGAUCUUGGAUGCAUUUGCUAUAUGUUAA